GCGCAGCCCGUCACUCGGAAGGCCGGGACCGCCCACUCCACCUCUGUGCCGGGCUCCCUUCCUGCGCAGUUCUCCGCAGCAGCCUCAGCGGGUAGGCGCCGGGGCUGCUCUCAAUCUCCUGGCUGCGAGGAGGCAGCCCCGGCGAGCUGCCGUGCGCCCCGUCCAGAGGAACCGGGUGCGGGGUACAGCGUAACUGACAGCGCGUCUGCUCACAGUUCCUGCCGCCCGAACUUCGCUUUCCAGCCCCGGCUUCUCGUGGGCAUCAUGUCAAGAGCCGUCGCCGCUGCAACCGCCGCCGCCACCGGGGGAAGAGCCGCAGCUUCGGCAGCCGCGCGCACACGAGGGCAAUAAACCGAAUCACUCCGGGCUCAAAGUGGCAGGGGACCGUCGCGGUGCUCUCGGUUCCGGCGGGACUCGUGCCAUGUGCUGAGCCAUGCCCCUGGCCGCGCCCGCGGGCCGCGUAUGGGGCAGCGCCUGAGCGGCGGCCGGUCCUGCCUCGAUGUCCCGGGCCGGUUCCUGCCGCAGCCGCCGCCGCCCCCGCCGCCGGUGAGGAGGAAGCUCGCGCUGCUCUUCGCCAUGCUUUGCAUCUGGCUGUACAUGUUCUUGUACUCGUGCGCCGGCUCCUGUACUGCCGCUCCCGGCCUGCUGCUCCUGGGCUCGGGGUCCCGCGCCACUCACGCUCAGCCAGCCCUGCUCACAGCUCCGAAUGAGACAUCCCCUAGGAUGGCCUUCCGGGCACCUCCGGCCAACUCACUGGCUGCAGGCAAGGAUAAGACAGUAGGCGCCGGGAGCCAGGAGGAGCAGAGUCCAGAGGCGCCGGACUCCCCCAGUCCCAUCUCCAGCUUCUUCAGCGGCGCUGGGAGCAAGCAGCUGCCGCAGGCCAUCAUCAUCGGCGUGAAGAAGGGUGGCACGCGGGCGUUGCUGGAGUUUCUGCGAGUGCACCCCGACGUGCGCGCCGUGGGCGCCGAGCCCCACUUUUUCGACCGCAGCUACCAUAAGGGUCUUGCCUGGUACCGGGACUUGAUGCCCAGAACCCUUGAGGGACAGAUCACGAUGGAGAAGACGCCCAGUUACUUUGUGACCCGGGAGGCACCCGCGCGCAUCUCGGCCAUGUCUAAGGACACCAAGCUCAUCGUGGUGGUGCGCGACCCGGUGACCAGGGCCAUCUCGGACUACACGCAGACGCUUUCCAAGCGGCCGGACAUCCCCAGCUUCGAGAGCCUGACGUUCCGCAACCGCAGCGCGGGCCUCAUAGACACGUCCUGGAGCGCCAUCCAGAUCGGUCUGUACGCCAAGCACCUGGAGCCCUGGCUGCGCCACUUCCCCCUCGGCCAGAUGCUCUUUGUGAGCGGGGAGCGGCUGGUCAGCGACCCGGCCGGCGAGCUGCGCCGCGUGCAGGAUUUCCUGGGCCUCAAGCGCAUCAUCACCGACAAGCACUUCUACUUCAACCAGACCAAGGGCUUCCCGUGCCUCAAGAAGGCGGAGGGCAGCGGCAAGCCGCACUGCCUGGGCAAGACUAAGGGCCGCGCGCACCCCACCAUCGCGCGCGAGGUGCUGCGGCAGCUGCGUGACUUUUACCGGCCCUUCAACCGCAAGUUCUACCAGAUGACCGGCCGCGACUUCGGCUGGGACUGAGUCUCCCCUCGCCGCUUAUCUAUUGAGAGAGAGAGAGUAUAUGUAUGUAAAAUGUACAGAAAUCUAUUUUAUAAUAAUUUAUUUUUAAUUCACGAGCAAUUAAUUCACUAAGCUGCCUAGCCACAGUCUGCAGAGAGUUUCAAUCACGGUCUGUUAACAUUCCAAAGUGUUUUAACUCCGAUAUUUUGUUCUGUCCCUCACAAUCGAUGGUGCUUCCGUGUUCUCCUCUCCGCUCCCCACUGUAUUUAAGAAGAAGAAAAAGCACAACUUGAGAAUUUUUGUUACGGGUAUUCAGCCUUCAAUCACCUUGGGUUUUCCACCUGCUAUCUCCUUGGGUCUUGGCUGCCUCAGCUGGUGGUGGUAUUUUCUUGCCUGGAUACCUCCUGGAAGUACUGAGCUGCCUCAGUGUCCUCUAGUCAGAAGAUAGAAUUCACUUAAGCAGUUCUUUACCCUCAGUGAUGUAGCACCAAGGUGCAUUUCUCCCGCCUCCCUUACAGGGAUGUCCUUAUGACCCCGACUCUCCUCCUGCUCCCCUCCUACCCUCUGUCAUUAUUCAGCUGGAAGUGUAUGCAAACACUUGAUCCCUUUCCCAGAUCCCAUGGGUGAGAGGCUUGGGUGCUGCUUUACAAAAGAGGUGACCUCUCUUUCGCAUAAGAGGGUGCCACAGUCCUUUCUUCAGUCAGACAUUUAGGCUAUGACACACCAAAGAGUCUCCCAGGAUUCCAUACACAGCCACCUGCUCAAACCUAGGAUGCUGGAUGUUGAGACCCAUAGGGGUCAGAUGUAGCCCUUGACCUGCAACAUUUAUAGCGGAGUUGCUAUGUGUAGACCCACCUAGUGUUGGGCAGGAGGCUCAUGGCCUCAGUAGAGAGAUGUGGCAAGCAGCCCAGCAGAGGAAAGGGAGCCUGGCAAAUGCCUAUGAAUUCUUAGCCCACCCCAGAGAUUACAUGGUCUGUAUGUAGGCAGCGUCCACAGCAGGUUGGAUGGUCCUCUUGAACCCAGGCUGGGAAAGCAGGCUGUGCACGUGCUGCUUGUAGGUACUCAAGAGUCAAGCCUGACUCUAGUGCAGCUUCCUCUGAGGUCCUGGAGUCUUAGCAGAGAAGUCACCAGCUUUGCUGCUAAGAGGCAGACGAUAUUCCCUGUCCCUCUGUGCUGAGAGGACACUGGAGGGUCCUUUGGCUAGUUAGUGGCAGUUGGAUAACUGUAAUGACAUUACACCAUGAUACAUUCAGUCAGAAUGCUUCUGCCCCAAUGGAUUGUCAUCUGAGUUAGAUUUUCAUCAAGAAUGUGUAGAUGGUUGAAAUAAAUGACCGUAUUGUGAUAUUUGCAGAGGAAUUUUUUUUUUUUUGGACACUUUAUGGGCUAACUUGACGGGAUGAGCAAAGUUACAUGGAAAGAGAAGAUAUACUGCCUUUAGAAGCUAAUGAGAGGUGUCUCUAGGGAUAGUUUGAUAACCAAAAUUUGUGGUUUUCUACAAGUUACAGCCCAGCUUGAAUUAGCUCAUUCUGGGCAACAAAAUAGUCCCUGGGCUAUGAUCAUCCCUUAGAUGUUACAAUCAUUUCUUCUUUUUUUCUUUUUCUUCUUCUUCUGCAGAGCUGGGGAUAGAAUCCUGGGCCUAUUGCACACGAGGCAAACUCUGAGCCACAUUCCCCAGCCCAUUUCACGGUCAUUUGUUCAUUUUCUUCUGUCCGUACUUAGUAUUGCCUGCAUAAUCUCCUGACAGGCAGGUGGGUGGAGAUGCAUGCAUGCAAGGUGCUCACCGCCUCUGCUCUCCAGUGCAGAUCCUGUUUGACAUCAGAGAAAGGGCUCCUCCCCUCACAUCGGCAGAAUCUUGCUCACAGGCAGAGGCAGUUGUCAAGGGCCUUCACCAAGGCUUUCUGGCUGCUCCCCGAGUCUGAUGUAACUCAUGAUGUAGAAGGACAAAGAGUUCAGAGACUGGUACACAGCCAAGUGGGGAGGGGGUGUGUGUGAGCCUUCCUGCCCUCUUCCCAAGCUGGACCCUUUUUUUUUUUUUAAAGUUGUUUAUUCUUUGCUUGAGAAUAUAACAAAAAAAAAAACCCCAGGAUGUAUUGAGGUAGAAGGAAGCCAUUUAGUCAUGAACACUGAAGUGAGUCAAGAUUCUGUCCUGAGUCAAAUCCUUGGAUCUGAGCAGAUGUCGAUAAUUAGUGCUGAUGGAGCAGGGUGAGCUUUCAGUGUUAGUCCAGUAAGUCAAACAACAUGUGCACCUCUUUACCAGGCCCCCUCGCUUGUGGUCCCUGGCUGAUCGGACCCUGCAGCUGUCCCGAGAUGCUGCUUCAUCAUGAGAUAGUCGUUACACACGGCCUCUGCUCAGAGGAGUUAGGUAACAUGGAGAAUUAAGCCUUAGGUCUGUCUCUUCCUGUCCUGGUCAUCGGCAAGGCCACUGAGUGUCACUUCUGAACUGCUAGGAGACAGACACCAGUUCAUGUCCUGGCAGUUUGUCCCACCACGUGUUUGAGUUUUUGUUUUUGUUUUUCCAGUUUAUAGGAAAGCUCUGGCAUAUUCCUGGUGUACUUUAUUUCUGAGAAGUUUCAUUUCUUUCCUUGUUUGAAAACAAAGAAAAAUUCACAAAAACUUAAGAGUUUUUUUUUUCCGUGUUUGUUUGUUUUUUUAGUUCCUAUCCAUGGAAAGCCUUGUCUUGGGGGAUGUUUGCAUGUAGGUGUGUGUUCGUUUACUCGUAGCACCUAUAAAGGUACUUCGGGCAGAGUGACUAUGGAAUAAACUCUUCAUUGAGUGGUGGAGAGAUGUUCUGGGGGGAGGGGACUCUUUGGGAGUCAUUCUGAGUGACAGAUGCACUUCAGUCUUGGGAGAACCCCAGUUGCAGAUUCUACCUGGCUGCUCUCCUAAGAAUCAGAAAUGGAGGCUCCAACAAGCCAGUGAAUAUCAAAGGUGUUAAUGUGGACACCCGGGGUCAACUCUCUUUUCAGUUUUCCAUACAAAUGGUUAAUGAAUUUUUGAAUGUGUGGUUAGUUUUUUCUUUCAUUUUUAUAACAUUAAUUUAUGACUGAGUUUCAUUCAGCCCAGUAAUCAAAAAUGCUGUGCAAGUUCUUACAGUAUGUCUUCUAUAACGUGGAUGUUAGAAUAGCCAAUAUGUACAAAAAAAAAGAUUAAAUCAAGUAUUUUGUCCUAUGUAUAACACAAAUUAAUUUUACACAGAGAAAGAUGUUUCUAGGAAAAUGAAAUUCUGGUAAUUCAUACUUUUUCUUUGUAUGAACAAAUAAAAUAUAUUUUACCAAUA